UUUUGAAACGGCCAGCCGCGUGUGUAGCUGUGGCGCGCCCCUCGUUAGCCGUCGUCUCCCAUCCCGUUUUUGCAGGCUGUGUCUCUUCAUCAACUCCAGACCUUGACCCUGGAUCCCUCCCGUCCACUCCCGCGCCCCCCCGUCCUCCCUCUCCUCCCCUCCUCUCGCGAGACCUUCGCUUCGGAUCCAGCCAGCUCCCGUCGUCUCGGAAUCGGGAGCAUUGGUCGCUCGCUCCACCCCCCGAAGCAUACCUUGCCCGUCAUAUUGUUCCUCAUCUCAGGUAUACGAUACGUGCCCGCCAAGUGCGGUCUCAUCCACCCGCCAUCAUACCAGCGCGCGGCCAAGCACCAACCGAGUCGUUGCAUGAAACCGCAGUCCGCACCGACCAAGGUACCGCCGCCUCGCCGCGCUGCGUGAUCAACAUGGCCUACAAUCGACUAGGUAACUCGCUCCCCGAUCCCCUAUCCUUCGUCGUCAUUACCCCGUUCGGAAGCCCCCUGUGCGUCUAAUCUCUUGGGCUUGUUGGACCUCCUGGCUUUCACUGUUCCAGUCGAUCCCUUUUCCCUUUGUUCCGCGCAUUCCAACCGCCUUGAUCCUGGCGCUCUUUGUCGCACAUGCACCUUCAACUCGCUGGAGUCCCGCGCGCCGCCUAACCUUGGGCGCUGGGGCAUUAGACACCCCCUCGCCGCCCUCACCCGCCUUGCCUCUGCUUGCCUUACCACCCGACGUUGCGAGCAAACCGAACUCUGAGCUCUCUAACACCAGCCUCGCACAGGAGACUAUCCCGAACAGAUGGAUCAUCGCGGGAGUCCGUAUCGGACCCCGUCGCCUGGCCAUCCCCUCCAGCAGGGCUACCAGCUUGAGGAGAACCCUUACAAUCAACAGCAGCGGCUGACACCAGGCGCCCAUGGCCAGUAUCAGCGCUACGGCACGCCGAGCGAUCAGCUUGAUAUAAAUGCGGCGCACUCGGUCGAUAAUCUGUCGUAUGGCGCCCACCACCAGGGCUACGGGGAUAGCGUCGUCAACCCCGAGCUGAUGCACGACGAAUAUGGCGGGAGGCAUGCGACAUACCCGAACCAGCCGCCGCACGACGAUGGCUACUACGACCAGCGGCCCGUCGACGAUGGCCACGGAUACGACCUCGACGACCGCCGGCCGAUGCUGGAGCACCAACAGUCGUCUUACGACGACCCCUACCACGACCAGCCGCCGCCGCCGCAGCAGCAGCAGCAGCAGCAGCAGCAGAUGGGCCCAGGAGUCAAGCGCUGGAAGACAGUCAAGAAGGUCCUGCUGUACCGCGGGAACCUCGUCCUCGACUGCCCUGUGCCGCCGAUACUGCUCCAACAGAACCCCCACGGCGAGCGCGACGAGUUCACCCACAUGCGCUACACGGCGGCCACGUGCGACCCGUCCGACUUUUACAACGAGAACUUUACGCUGCGGCAGAAGCUGUUCAGCAAGCCGCGCCACACGGAGCUCUUCAUCGUUGUGACCAUGUACAACGAGGACGACGUUUUGUUUGCGCGCACCAUGAUUGGCGUCUUCAAGAACAUCGAGUACAUGUGCAAUCGACCCAACAGCAAGACGUGGGGCAAGGACGCCUGGAAGAAGAUUGUCGUGUGCGUCGUCAGCGACGGCCGCGCCAAGAUCAACCCCCGCACCAAGGCCGUCUUGUCCGGCAUGGGCGUCUACCAGGAGGGCAUCGCGAAGCAGCAGGUCAACGGCAAGGACGUGACCUCUCACAUCUACGAGUAUACCACGCAGACGCACCUGACGCUCAAGAACGACGUCGUCGGCCUCGUCCACAAGCGCCAGCCCGUGCAGAUGCUCUUUUGCCUCAAGGAGAAGAACCAGAAGAAGAUCAACUCGCACCGCUGGUUCUUCCAGGCGUUUGGGCGCGUGCUCGACCCCAACAUCUGCGUCCUGCUCGAUGCCGGCACGCGACCCGGUGGCAACUCUAUCUACCACCUGUGGAAGGCUUUUGACCUGGAGCCCAUGUGCGGCGGCGCCUGUGGCGAGAUCAAGGCUAUGUUGGGCACAGGCGGCAAGAACCUGAUCAACCCGCUCGUCGCGACGCAGAACUUUGAGUACAAGAUGAGCAACAUCCUCGACAAGCCUCUGGAGUCGGCGUUUGGCUUCAUCUCCGUCCUGCCGGGUGCCUUUUCGGCGUACCGCUACGUUGCGCUGCAAAACGACAAGAACGGCAAGGGUCCGCUGGAAAAGUACUUCUUGGGCGAGACGUUGCACGGAGGCAGUAGUGCCGGUCUCUUUGAGUCCAACAUGUACCUGGCCGAGGACCGAAUUCUCUGCUUUGAGCUCGUCACUAAGCGCAACUGCCACUGGAUCCUGCAGUACGUCAAGUCGGCCAACGGCGAGACGGACGUGCCCGACACGGUCACGGAGCUGGUGCUGCAGCGGCGCCGCUGGCUCAACGGAUCCUUCUUCGCCGCCAUCUACGCCAUCGCCCAUUUCCACGAAUUCUUCCGCUCCGACCACUCGAUGCUCCGAAAGCUGGCCUUUUUCGUCGAGUUUGUCUUCCAGACCAUCAACAUGAUCUUUGCGUGGUUCGCUAUCGGCAACUUCUUCUUAGUAUUCAAGAUUUUGACUACCAGUCUGGGCAACAAGGACCUGCUGGGCAAGACGGGCGAGAUUCUGGGCGUCGUCUUCACCUGGCUGUACGGCGUCUGCCUCAUCACCUGCUUUGUGCUGUCCAUGGGUAAUCGGCCGGCGGGGUCUGGCAAGCUGUAUAGCGCCAUGGUGUGGUUUUGGGCGUGCAUCAUGAUAUAUCUCAUGUUUGCGGCCAUCUUCAUCGCCGUCAAGGCCAUCAUUGCCGACGUCAAUGACGCCGACGGCUUCAGCAUCGACCAGCUGUUCAAAAAUCCCGUCUUCUACACACUCAUCAUAUCCGUCAUGUCGACGUUUGGCAUCUGGCUCAUCGCGUCGCUCAUCAUGUUCGACCCGUGGCACAUGAUCACGUCGUUUGUGCAGUACAUGCUCCUCACGCCGACGUACACCAACGUGCUUAACGUGUACGCGUUUUGCAACACGCACGACGUGUCGUGGGGCACAAAGGGCGACGACAAGGUCGAGAAGCUCCCCUCGGUCAAUACAAAGGGCGGCGAGGGCAAGACGGACCUCCCCGACGAGGGCGACCUCAACGCCCAGUACCAGCGCGAGGUGUCCCUCUUCAGCACAAAGUUCAAGGCCGUCAAGACGCCCCCCACGGCCGCGCAGCUCCAGGAGAAGCAGAUGGACUACUACCGCGGCGUGCGCACCGGCGUCGUCCUCAUCUGGAUGAUUACCAACUUUGCCCUCGCGGCCGUGGUGCUCAGUUCGGCCGGCCUCGAGAAGAUUACCCCCACGCGCGGCUCGCUUGAGAACGAGCAGCUCGCCCGCUCCAACAUCUACAUGACUAUUGUGCUGUGGAGCGUCGCCGUCCUCAGCGGCUUCAAGUUCCUCGGCGCGCUGUGGUUCCUCAUCGUCCGCAUGUUUAGAGGCGUCUAGACUGUUUCCCCUUUCUUUUCCUCCUUUGUUAAUUCUCAGGACAAACUGAAGGGAGAGCUGGGUUACUUGGGGCUGCUAUGCUACCCCCACGUCCGUGUAUGUUGACUCUAUCCAUCCAUCCGUCCAUUCUUCCAUUACUCAAUUGGGUUUUGUGGUUUUGGGCUGAGGGGCGGGCAGGACGGGGGUUUGGGGUUUAAUGCUCCCUGCUUCUUUUUUCUUUCUUUUACCUCGUCGUUGUGGUCGCGGUUGCGGUUGUUUCGCAUCUUUGGCUUCUGGACUAUACCCGGUUCUUGUACGGAUAACGGCUUCAUGAUCGUGGUAGUCUCUGCCGCCUAACUACCUACCAUACCCCAGAAUGGAAGAGGGCAGGCAGGCAGGCAAAUUGGCGUUUGGUUAUUAGGUAGGGUGGGGUCGGAUGUAGAUUCUAUCGUGUCCUUGUAUUCUCUACCCGAUUUUCUCCCAUGAAAUCUGCGUCACAAAUCUGUCAACAACUUUGAUGGUGAGAACAUCAACGAACAACAAAUCAUGUCUCUCCCUAUUUCGUCUUUUGGCGUUUUGUGGUGUAAUUUCUCGUGUUUAUUUUUAUUCUUUAUCGUAUCACCCCAGUAUUUUCCAUCCCCAAGAUGCAGGCCCCUUCGCUCCACGACCCCGGUCCGCGCUAUGCUACCAAUGACAUGUCAAAGCAGGAGAAGAGUUGGGGACACAGGG